UGGCGAAUACAAUUUCAAGUUUACGUUGAAGAAGCAUUACAGAAGUGAUGGUUCUGUCGACGGCAUCGCAAAGGGAUGCAAGGUUGCCGGGAGGAUGUUCGGCGGGUAAGGCCGUCGUGCGAUGUCUUUGCCUCACUUCGUCCCGCUAGCGCCGGGGCACGACGAGGCCGUUCACGUCACAGACUUCCUCGAGGUCUGGGCGAAAUCUGGUACCUCUGUCAGUACCGUGGACGUCGGACCUGGAACAUCGAUCAGUGGUCUUAUUGGGUUUGCGGGAGGAGAGUGCUCUGAAGGGGGGAUGGGAGGUCAAGGUGGCCUGCCAGCUACGCCUCCUGAUCAAGAGGUGGGCAUGUCAGACGACUCGGAGGACGACCAUCCUCGUGCUCCUUUGAAACCGGGCUUGCAUGUAUCUCGCCGCCACGGUUUGCUUGGGGAGUCCACGCCACAUGGAGGCGGCGAUGGCGAACGGUUGCGACAGGAAUCAGAAUCAACGGCUCCUCGUGGUCUGGUCGAAAGGAUCGGUUCGUUCGUUCGUGGCAUGCAGGUGGCCGAGGUUUCGCCUGGMGAUCGAGCAGGUGGUCCGCAGGUUCGAGAGGUGUGUGGGUCAGAUGAGACGACUCGCCGGGCCCGACCAGCUCCGGCGCAACCGCAGACUGGGUUGAGCCAGGAACGAGAAGCAAGUGGGAACGUCGCCGGUGAGGAGGAGGUGUCCGAGCAGGGGCUGUUCCGUGAGAGAUCGGCUGAAAAGACUCAGUCGGGAGGCAAGCGCAACUUUCCGGAUGAGGAAGAGCGAGAGGGACUAGGUGCUCUGAAAAGGCAGAGAAAGGGGUGCAUCGCAUCGGCUAUGAUCGACUGCUACGAACGCAAAGACAUGAGAUACACGAAGCCCAUUUUCGUUCUCGCUCUGAUCGUCGCGCCUCCAGAGAGCGGCGAGCCUGCUGUAAGCAUUCUGCCUGCUGACUUCGACAGCUCACACCCGGAGAAAUACUGGUAUUAUCCUGUGUGUGGACAUCAUAACGCGAGGGCGGUGAUGAUGGUGAAAGACCAUCCCAUCUUUGAUUACUACAACUUCUGUAAAUGGCCGUUCAGACCGAUCUACUUCCCUGACGACGAGUUAGACGGCUACGCCCAUGUCAGCUGCGAAGACAACAUGAAAAACAAGAAGAAUCCACCGCGCUUGCAGGUUUUGUCUAUGCGGGAUAUUCGCAAUAUCUGGAAAAUUAAGGGCAAACCGCGUGUGGUGCUCGACAAUGCCUCGAAGAAACAGGACGAGGUGCGAAAGUGGGUGCGGUUCAUGGCGUUGGCAAUGAAGAAGAYGYCGUACACGCCUAUCUGGAACMUGUCAACGGAAGCAAAGAAAAGAAAGGAAUGGKCUGAAAAACUUCGAUACUACCUCCCGCUGGCCAUGGCAGAUGACUCCGUCUUCUCUUUGGGGUUGAAGUUCUAUGAGGAGUGGUCGAAAGGGAAACUCCUUGCUUCCGACGACCGGCGUUGGACUGAAAAGCCGCCCACCCAUGAGGAGGUGGCCAAGCACGGACUCUCCACUGUGACUGACAGCCAGGGGCUGAAGAAACACGUCUGGUACGUGAAGGUGGACAACCCGUUGUUGAAAAAGGGCAAGGGGAAGCCAAAGAAAGGCGCGAAGGAGAAAACUUUCUACGUCCAAGUUCCGGAGCCGGAUGUCCACUGCUGGAAGGAAUUGGUGGACUUGACGGACCGCGAGAAGAAAAGGCUGUUGAACGGCGUCUUGAACCUUAACGUCGUGUGGGUUCAAACGAGUAGCAAGAAGUUGGCCGAGCAGGGGAAGUUCAGUAUCAAGGAGAUGGUCGACAUAAUAAAAAUGGACCGGAUURUGCUGAGGCUGUGGCACUACGURGRGUUYGAGUACGAGGAAAUGGAUAAGCGGRAGUGGAAUGCCAACUCCACGUUCUUCAGGUCCAAGAAGCAACUGUUCGAAGAGUUCAAGGACAGAGGUCUCGACGACAAGCUUUGGAACGAGAGCAGGAAAUUUUUCACGGACACCACAUACGUCAACAAGUGCCCUUAUACUGUGGACCGUGCGCAAUUGGACUUUGGGGCAUUCGCGUCUCUGAGUGGUGUGGAGUCUGCUUCAGCAGGAAGGCACGUCUUGGCCGUGGAUGGGGACACAACGCAGCUCGAAUAYACCGUGCAGUAUGUCACCCAUGAAGUGUCGUCCAAGGCUUACCCAUGCGAUUUCCACCAUGUCGUGGUCGAGCCCGUUUAUGACCCGAACAAGGACAUGUUCUUCAAGUUGACUCCGAAGAAAAGGCGCCAGGUCUACUCCUUCCUUUACGGUGAACAACCAAGGUUGAGAUUUGACCCGCAGUACGUGGUGCGGAAGGGAGUCGCCAUUGCGGUCCUCCAGGGCUACCACGGAGCUAGUCUUGUCGGCGCUGUGAGCUUCAUUAAGAGGUUGGAAUAUGUCUUUUUUAACGAGGAUGUUGUCGAUCCGGCCAACUUCACUUUGGAUAAGUACAAGCUGGCAUUCGGUGAGGAGGACGACUUCAAUAUUGAGAUUGAGCAGGAGGAGAGCGUUGAGGAUGACGUCUUCGAUUUGGACGGGCAAUUGGCCAUCUUCAACGCCCAAUCAAAUAAAUGGCUGGAAGUGUCCUCCGCGUUCUAUGCCCUUCCGUCAAGCCCGUCAAUUAAGCAAGUGAGUUGGGAGUUGCCUGAGGUCGACCCAACGGCAGGAGUUGUGAAGCGCAAGUCUCACGGAAAGGACGGCGACGGGGAUGGUGAAGGCGGCGGGCAACGACGUACCGGAGGUGGAAGUGAACAGCGUUCGACGAAACAGCGGUCUCCGGGGCACGCAGGCGGCAGAGAGGGGAAGAAGGGCAGCUGGGAGAAGAAAAAGCCUCGCAGCGGAGAGAAGACGAAGCAUCACAGAAGAGACGGGCAGGGGUCCGAUGUCGACUGCGACGAGGACGGUGGGGUUCUGGCGGUAACAGGCAGCACCUCAAUGGAGACGGGGAAUGACUUGAGGCCUGGGUGUAUUACGCGUCCUGGCGAGCAGGACCCUGCGAUUAGCUCCACCAGCGAAACAAAGUUUGUCGAUGCGGUUGGCGGGGCGGGUGUCGCAAAGCAUGGAACAUGCUUCGCUCAGCUCCAAAAACGGUUGGUGGAUUGUCUCGGAUCAAUCCGAACCUCGGAGACGACGUCGUUGUCCGGAACUCAGUGCCUUCCGGGAAGCGAGACGACAACACACCACGGGUCCGGCAGCGACAAGCUCGAACCGUGUUGCGUUUCGCCUCAAAAGGAAGUUCGGAUUAAUCCGAACCGCGAAGGCCGUGCCAUCGAGAAAGCACAGUUGUCUACAAAACUCGAACGGGUGGUCCGGGUUUCCGAAAACCCUGGCGACGAAAUUCGGAUUCAUCCGAACCAGGAAGCCGUAUCUGCCAUGACAGACGAUCGGUGUCAGGAUGCAGUAAUGCUGUGCGUGGAAGCCCACAAGGAGCUGCAGGCGGACUGUCCGACUGAGGGUGAGUUGGCGACCAGUUCCAAUGUAGAGCCCAACACACUCGGAGCCGAGUUAGCAGUCAUAAGCGACUCCCCGGUGAAAGCGGUCAUGUCGACGUCAUUGGAAACUUCGGGGGCUCGGAUGAAUCCGAACCAGGGCCCUGUAAACAUGUCCCUCCCUGAUGCAUCUUUGGAGACGACCGUGAUUCGGAUUCAUCCGAGGCACACGGACGAAGGACUUCAACUGACAGGCGUUGAGGGUUGUCGAGUAUUGACGACUUUGGACAAGGACAAUUCCGUCGACGACCGGAUUGAUCCAACACUCAGUGACGACGGGAUGGAGCUACCAGUUCAGCCGGGAUACGACGAUCCCUUGUACUCCGCACUUUACAACGAGGCGAUGGGGGAGGACGUUCUGAAGAAGGCCUCUGGCGCUCUUGGAGAUAGAUUUCUCUAUUUGAGUGACGACGACAAAGACACAGCGUACGGGGACAAGAAGUUAAGGGGGGGAGAGGUGUUGUUGGACAUCCAUGGGACAUUGAUCCCAACACAAUACGACACAAUGGCAAUGGAGAAAAUACAACCUGUCGAUGUUGUGGACGUCAACGCUCUUUGUCUGGAGACGAAUAUACCGUCUACGGUCAUCGACGCCGACAUCUCGAGCCUGUCAAGUUUCCCUGUGGGUUUGAAGCACGUCGUCGCCGCGUCGACGAGCGCCGGGGUGCCAAUCGUGCUGGGACUGUCGUCGGUGGGCUCUGGUGAAGUGGUAGCUAGGCCUGGUAAGCACUGACUUUCUCUGCUUUCUUCGCGCUCGUCAGCCCGUUCAUGAAGUGUUGUUUGCUUCGUCG